AUGCUUGAUGCAGUGAAUGCCGAGCGAGCAAAAGCAGGUUUAUCGGCUUUGUGCACGAACCAAAAGCUUGCAAAUGCUGCAGCACGUCAUUCGAAAGACAUGGCUGAACAUAAUUUUAUGGACCAUAUCGGAUCGGAUGGAUCCACUUUGUCGGAACGUAUCACGGAUGCGGGAUAUUCAUGGACUAUGGUCGCAGAAAACAUUGCCGCUGGUCAAGAAGAUGUUGCGUCAGUUAUGGAAUCUUGGAUGAAUUCGGCGGGUCAUCGCGCCAACAUUUUGGGUGCUGACUACACAAUGUUUGGCACUUCGUAUGUUUUCAGUGCUCAGAGCAAAUACCGACACUAUUGGACGCAGGAUUUUGCAUCCGGAGAUACCGAGGGAUGUGAUAAUGGAAGUUCCAGUACAUCACAGUCAACUGAACAAACUCAACAAGAACAAUCGGAAAAUCAACAAGAAACACAAUCAAGCAAUGAUAUUAAUGGCACCACUACGCAGAACUAUACUUCACCCUCGACUG